GCCCUAUGAUGCGAAACCCCUUAUCAUUUGUUUACUGUGGUUCAUUUAAGGUUUGACCAUUACUCCACAUUCCCUAACACUUCAUUUGACCUCAGGCGUUUAGACUCUUUUUUAUUUCAUCAGCAUCACUCUCCAUUCACUUCCCCAGCCCUUGACCUGAUCAGCUUCAACUUUGUCUCCUACUACUUCAUCCCACUAUUCACUUCCAACUCCCUUAUCCAUCACUCAUCCCCAUCACCAAACAAACCACCAAACCACCACAAUGUCACCACCACCACCACCACCACCACCAGAUCCCAACGACACCCCACCAACCGAACAAACCACCCUCCUUCUUCCCCAAGAUGUCCCCUCCUUCCAAAACCAAAACCCCUCCUCCUCCUCCUCCUCCUCUCAACUAUAUCCAACCCUCCUAACAGUCGCCUCCCUCAUCCUCCUCUUCACCAUGGGCGUACAAAUCACCACGGCGCCCUCGCUCGCCAUUCUCCAGGGGAUCAUCUGCAGAAAGUACUAUGAGAAGGGAAUGACCGAUUCAAUUGGGGCAGGACUGGGAGGAGGAGGAGGAGGAGGAAUGGAAGGGCUGCCAACGAAUUUUGAAGAUGAUAGGUGUAAAGUGGGACCGGUGCAGAGUGAAGUGGCGGAGGUGAAUGCUUGGAAGGAUGUGUUUGAGAUAUUACCUGCCGUCGCCCUCGCCAUCCCCUGGGGGAUCCUAACCGACCGCAUCGGCCGCAAAAAAGUCUUGCUCCUCGCUUUAUUUGGCUGUCUACUAAACGAAGCAUGGGUUCGACUCGUCUACUACUUCCCCACCUUCUUCCCCAUCCGCGCCGUCUGGUUCGGCGGCCUCUUCCAACUCCUCGGCUCCGGCAGCACCACCUUCACCAGCAUCGCCUAUGUUUUGGUUGCUGACGUCUGCCCACCCGAGCAACGCUCCACCUUCUUCAGCUACCUGCUUGCUUCGUCCAUCGUCUCGCGGUUCGUCUUUGUGCCUAUUGGCGGCGCGAUGAUUGCCUAUGAUGAUGCGUGGUUGGCCAUGUGGAUCGGGAUGCUGGUGCAGGUGGUGGGGUACGUGGUUGCUGUGGUUUUUGUGGAGGAGACGUUGCCUUCUUCGUCUGGGACAGGCGAUGAUGAGAUAGGUGGUGGUGAGUUGAUGAUUGGUGCAGAGGGAGAGGGAGAUGAAGAGGAAGAGGGAGAUGAAACGGUCAUGAAGAACAAGAGGACUGUUAUGCAGCGGCGGGUGGAAGAGUACUUGGAAAAAGCAAAGGAGGCAGGGACUUGGAUUCUCCAAAACCCCAAGGCGGUUUUGCUGUUGCUUUGUUUCUGGUUGUACUAUAUGGGCGAGCAGGCGGAACAGUUGUUGAUGAUUCAGUAUGCGAGUAAAAGGCUGGGGUGGUCUUUGGGGAAGGCCUCCCUCCUCCCCUCCCUCGGCGCCCUCACCAACCUCCUCACACUCACCCUCCUCCUCCCCUUUUUGUCUACUACUUUCUUCUCCCACUCCUCACCCUAUCCCUGGGCACGAAUGGGCUCGGAAGAAGCCAAAGACGCCCUCCUCUCCCGCCUCUUCGCCACCCUCCUCACCCUCGGCUGUUUAUUCAUCUCCCUCCCCAUUUCUUCUUCUUCUUCUUCUUCUUCUUCUUCUUCUUCAAAUGUCAGCUUUCUCGCCUCAGGCGAAGUUCUUUAUUCAGCAGGCGCCGCGCUUUCGGUCCCCUUGCGCAGUCUGAUUACCAACCUUGUGGAUGCGCGCCAUCGCGCGACGCUGUAUACGGUGAUUAGUGUUGUUACGUAUGCGGCUACGUCGGCGGGGAGGCCGGUGGCUGCGGGGUUGUUUGGUGUGGGACUCAAACUCGGAGAGGGAAAAGAGGACCAAAAGGGGAAUCAAGAUGGGAUGCGGUGGAUGGGAUUGCCGUUUUUGGUGGCCGGGGGGAUGUUUGCUGUUUGUUUGGGGGUGGUGAGUUUGGUGGGGUUUGGAAGGAGGAAGGGGGAGAUUAUGGAGGAGGAGGAGGGGGGAGAGCAGGAAGGGGUGGAAGGGGAAGGGGAGAGGUAUAGAGAUUGAUGCCCGGUGGUAAAUCUGGAUGGUAGAUAAGGUGGAAACCAAUAAAGAGUGUUGGGAUGUUAUGUAGACUGUGGUUGUAGACUGUUCCCGUCCGGUUGAGAAGACUUAGACUUUUAUAUGACCAUAAACACUGCAGUGAGGACUGGACG